AUGUAUAAUCAACCAUGGGGUCCGGUUCCCAUGAGUGAACCUGUAGCAUUUGACUACUCAUCGCUACCAUCAUUGCGAGAUUUGAAUCUGCCAGCCAGCCAGAAUUCGUCUCCGCAACGACCACAGAUUCAACAACAACGAAAUACUUGGAGUGGUUCUGCAACCACUUCAAUGUCAAAUGGAGAUGUAGAUUAUAAGACUGAUAUGUCGCAUAAUGGAAUGAUGGGUGGGCAACAACAGAUGGCACCAAACUACUACAAUAUGCCAAACCAAUACCAUGCUCAGUCUCAACCGUAUUUGGUACCAUUCGUACCUAUGGCUUCACAUUUAGAUCCGACACAGCAGCAUAUACAGCGUGGUGGGAGUUAUGGGAUGGCUCCGUCGAAUAUGCAUACUUAUCCACAACCGCAACAAUCGUAUUAUGGAGGAUAUAAUCCGAAUAUGAUGGGUGGUGGUCCUAUAAAUCAUGGUAUGGGUGUACCCCAGCAGCAGGCGCGUCCCGUGUAUGAUGAGAAUAGUGGGCAUGGUGUGCGUGUCGUGUCUCCGCAUCUAAAUACUGCAGUAGCUGCUGCUGCUAAUGCAACUCAACAGCAGCAACAGCUAGAUGAUACCAAUAACAACACUGCCAAGCCUAAACAAAAGAGACAGGAGGACUCGGAAUAUGUAGGAGCGCUCGCUUUACUUGGGAUGCGUAAACAGAGCGUAGUGCUGGAUUCGAAACUACCUUCUCCACCACUAUCAAACACGCAAACGCCGCAAACGUCACCUGCUCGUGUGCCUCUUCCUGUAAAUUCUACGCCAGGAUCUAUAUCAGCAGCAGGUGUUAAAAGUCAUCCAGCAACAGUCAUGUCAAAUGGCUAUCCAGAUAAUUCACAACAACAACCACAAUUAUUAGAUAAUCAUGGUGGUGGUACUCCUGCGUUCUCAGGACUGGACGGAUACGGAAACCCAUCAUUAUGGAAUACGAAUUCGUAUGGAGAAUUGGAUCCCCGUCAGUAUGACUAUAGCCAGCAGCAGCAUGCUCAGCAGCAUCAGCAAGCGUGGGCUCAACAGCAGCAACAGAUGCAGCAUCAACAGCAAAUGAAUCUCGGUGCUUCAAUAUCGCCAGCACAACAACAAAUGAAUCAACAACAGCAAAUGUAUCCGAAUCGAUAUCAUCAUCAGACAAUGUCUUUGCCAAUGAAUGGUGGUAUGCCACAACCACCACCACAGCAAAAGCAGCCUAAAGGUGAUGCCAUACCAUCACCACAACGUCCAACACCAUCAGCCAAACGCACCAACAGCACAACGAGUAACGAAAUAGACAUGAGUAACUUGGAAUUCGAUCCAGCAGCCGAAGAACAAAUCACUGUGGGGAAUGUUACUGGACGUCGUCGUGGAGUUGCUGCUUCGCAUGGUGGAGGCUCGAUCUUUACUUGUGAUCAUCCUGGAUGUGGGAAGACAUUUAGGAGAUUGUAUAAUUUGAAGUCGCAUAUGUGCUGUCAUUUGGGUGAACGUCCGUUUGUUUGUGAGGAGUGUCAUGUUACCUUCAAACGUAUUGCAGAUUUGCGUCGUCAUAUUCGAUGCUUGCAUAGCACGAUUCGACCCUUCAUGUGUCCUACCUGUCAUGUUGGAUUCGCAAGGAGUGAUGUCUUCCACCAUCACGUAGAGUUCUGUAGAAACGAAACUCAACCUCCCGUCAUUGUGAAAAGACCAGGACGUGGCGGAAGUCGUGUAUCAUUAGGAGGUAUCACAUCACCUGCAUCGAUAUCUGCUGGAAUGAGUGGUAUUGGAGUCAACUCGCUACCCAAGUAUGCUGAAGCUUACGGGCUUGGAAAUCAGCAGCAAGUACAACAGCCGCAACAGCCAUAUAAUGGACAGCCAGUAUCGCCACACCAGCAGCCGCAACGAGGAGGACGGGAAAUGGAAGACGGUGCUUAUAAUGGUCGCACAUCGAGUGGUGGGAAUGGAAGUGCAUAUGCAAGUCCAAGUCAGCAACAACAGUACCAGCAAGCACCACCGCCACCGCAACAGCAGCAACAGUCACAGCAAUCGCAGCAGCCAAAGCCUGAAAGAAUGUCGACACGAAACAAGAGAUAUGACUUUUCGAAGCUUGGAGAGUCGGAUGAGGACGACGAAACUGAGGAGGAGUACAGGGAUCAAGGAGAUGAUGACGAUGAGUACAAUGAGUAA